AUGAAGGGUGUUCAGCGAUUUGGCAGACGGAGAAAACUUGCCCUGAGAUAUGUUGGUCCAUUCAAGAUUGUUGAGCACAUUGGAGUCGUAUCAUAUAGGCUAAAUCUUCCAACAUCGAUAUUGAGUGUACACGAUGUAUUUUAUGUUUCGAUGCUAAAAAAGAAUUUGCGUGACAAGGAGCAGCAGAGGGUGAUUGAUGCACCAGAAUUUGAGAUUCAGCCAGAUUUGACAACUAUCAAGGUCCCUGUUUGCAUUCUUGUCAGAGAGGACAAGAAGCUUAGAAAUAAGAUUAUUCCUUUAGUCAAAGUUCAAUGGAACCGUAAAGGAGUUGAGGAGGCUUCUUGA